AUGGAGUAUACUACCACUGAAACAGAGUGGCCGUCGUCAGCGAACGUGUCAGAAGACAAACAAAAAUUACUCGACUACUAUCUCAGGCUCCUCGAUACCAACGAGGCGACAACGGGCGAUAAGCUUGCAGAGAUCUUUGCAGAUGAUGGGUACAUUAUCAGCCCCGCUGGAACAGCUCGUGGCCAUGAACGUAGGUCCAGCCCGAUUGAACUUGGAUGGGGUUUAUGA